UUUCUUCACUUCACGUGAGAGGUUGCUUCGUUGCUAUUCUGCUCGCUAUUUUCUACUCCAAGUUUCAUUUUCAUGGAAAGUUGAAGAAAAGAGCAACCCGGCCUUGAUUCUCUGAUUCCGAUUUCUUAAUCUUAAGAAAAGAGCAAAAGGGAAUUUGAAUCCUUGUUCUUUUCUUGCCGAUCAAUCCAAACUCUCUCUCUAGUAAAGAUUAAUUGGUUUGCACAGUUCAAUGCGCACUCCUGGUAAUUUAGUUUGUAAUGCAAUCUACAGAUGCUAAUAGCAAGAAGAGUUUGAAACGUUCAAGAUCAUCUUCUUGUGAAAUGCCACUUACUGAUACUAACAUUGCUAAGCCUCUAGAGGAUUGCCUCCUGUUUCCUGUUGAGGAGAUAGUGCAGUACCCAUUGCCUGGUUAUGGAGCGCCUACUUCGAUUAGUUUCAGUCCUGAUGAUAGCCUAGUGACGUUUUUGUUUAGUCCCAAUCAAACUUUGAAUAGGAAGGUUUAUGUAUUUGAUCUCAAGAACGGUAAGCAGGAAUUACUAUUCAGCCCUCCUGAUGGUGGUCUUGAUGAGAAUAAUCUAUCAGCGGAAGAGAAAUUGAGAAGGGAGAGGUCACGGGAGCGUGGGUUGGGUGUAACCCGAUAUGAAUGGGUGAAGACAAGCUCAAUAAGGAAGACCGUUAUGGUGCCAUUACCUGCUGGGAUAUACUUCCAGGAUCUUCAUGGAGAACCAGAACUUAAGAUACCAAGUGCCUCGUCCUCGCCAAUUAUAGAUCCACAUAUUUCACCAGAUGGAACCAAGCUUGCAUACGUGAAAGACAAUGAGCUCAAUGUGUUGGACCUCAUCCACAAUAAGUCGAAGCAAUUAACAUCCGGUGCCAAUGGAAACAUCAUUGUACAUGCUCUUGCUGAGUAUAUAGCCCAGGAAGAAAUGGACCGGAAGAAUGGAUACUGGUGGUCACUGGACAGCAAAUUUGUAGCAUUUACAAAGGUCGAUUCAUCUGAUAUACCUCUUUUCAGAAUCAUGCACCAAGGUAAAAGUUCCACGGGUCCAGAGGCACAGGAGGACCAUGCUUACCCAUUUGCUGGUGGGUCAAAUGUAAAAGUUCACCUUGGGGUAGUGUCUUCCAAUGGAGGUCCUGUAACUUGGAUGGACCUUCUGUGUGGUACAAAUGCUGCUGAGGAAUAUUUGGCGAGAGUGAAUUGGAUGCAUGGAAAUAUUCUUACUGCUCAGGUUUUGAAUCGAUCACAUUCCAAACUAAAAAUCCUCAAGUUUGACAUUAAAACGGGUCAAAGAAAAGUACUUUUGGUUGAAGAAAAUGACACCUGGAUCAACCUGCAUGAUUGCUUCACACCUUUGGACAAGGGACUGAAUAGAUCUCCCGGGGAAUUCAUCUGGGCAAGUGAGAAAACUGGGUUCAGACAUUUGUAUCUGCAUGAUUCUAACGGAACAUGCUUGGGCCCUUUAACCGAAGGUGAUUGGAUGGUUGAACAAGUUGUAGGUGUAAAUGAAGCCGCUGGCCUUGUAUAUUUUACGGGUACUUUAGAUAGUCCUUUGGAAUCUCACCUUUACUGUGCUAAAUUGUUCCCUGACAUGAACAGCCCCUUACAGGCACCAUUAAGAUUGACACAGGGAAAGGGAAAACACGUGGUUGUGCUCGAUCACCAGAUGCAGAGAUUUGUAGAUAUUCACGAUUCCUCGGUUGCACCUCCUAAAAUUUCGUUAUUCUCUUUGCAUGACGGGAACUUCAUAAUGCAUUUGUAUGAUCAACCGAUCAUCAUUCCAAGAUUCAAAAUGCUCCAGCUUGAACCUCCAGAGAUAAUUAAGGUACAGGCAAAGGAUGGGACUACUUUGUACGGGGCACUAUAUAAACCAGACGAAGCAAGGUUUGGACCUCCGCCAUAUAAAACCAUGGUUCAAGUAUAUGGUGGCCCUAGUGUACAACUCGUGGGUGAUUCAUGGACAAACACAGUUGAUAUGAGAGCUCAAUUUCUAAGAAGCAAAGGCAUCUUAGUUUGGAAGAUGGAUAACAGAGGCACUGCUCGACGAGGACUCAAGUUCGAAGGUGCACUGAAGAACAACUGUGGCGGUGUUGAUACCGAGGAUCAAGCAACAGGAGCCGAGUGGCUUGUGAAGCAUGGGAUUGCCAAAGAAGGUCACAUUGGACUGUACGGAUGGAGCUAUGGCGGAUAUCUAUCGGCUAUGACACUGGCAAGGUUCCCUGAAGUAUUCCGAUGUGCGGUUUCGGGUGCCCCAGUGACUUCAUGGGAUGGAUACGACACAUUCUACACCGAAAAGUAUAUGGGUCUUCCUUGCGAGAACCAGUCGGGGUAUACCGAGAGCUCCGUGAUGCACCAUGUGAGCAAGAUAAAAGGUAAGCUUUUACUGGUGCACGGCAUGAUCGAUGAAAACGUGCACUUUAGGCACACCGCAAGACUGAUCAAUGCGCUCGUGGCUACCGGGAAGGUUUACGAGUUGCUCAUUUUUCCCGAUGAGCGGCACAUGCCCCGGCGACAUAGGGACCGUAUCUACAUGGAAGAGAGAAUCUGGGAUUUCAUUGAAAGGAACUUGUGAAUGAGUUUUUGAAUUCCUUUAAGAUAAUGUGUAAUGUGUUGUUUGACAGGGAACAUUUUGGUGAUUCUCUCCUCUUCUCAUUUCAUGCUAGUGACAAGAAGAGACUUCAUGUGAUUGAGACAAUCAUUAAUACUAUCCUAUCCUAGGAGUGUAUUUAAAUGACAAUAAGUACUUGUGCAUCAUUAUUAAGUAGAUUGAGCUUUUAUUUUUCAUUCUUA